GUCGUGGAUGCCAUGCCGUCGCCGUCUGCUACCAACAAUGGGGAAAUUAGCUCUUCUUUAAAUUUCUUAAUUUGAAGUAAUAUUCUUUGUCACUUAUAUUCAUAAUGUCUGCUGAGCAACAACUCCUUAUCCUUCGUGGAUCAAGAGGCAUUUCUUUUGUAACUGGUCCUCCGUCAAGUGAAAAAUAUGACAAGUUUGAAGGAGAUGAAAAUCCUUCUUGUCGAGACAUGACAUUCACAAAAAAUGGGAAUUUGCUUUCUUGGUGUUCAAAUCAAAGGACUUCUGUUGUUGAAACCAAAAGUUUUAAAUCUGUUUUUGAAGCAAGUAGCCCUCAUAUUUCUUUAAUUGACAUUUCCCCAAAAGGAACAUAUUUAUCAACUUGGGAACCUUACUCUGCGAAACAAAAUCAACAAGAGAGUUGUAAUCUUCAUAUAUGGCACAUAGACACUGGAAAAUGUGUAAAAUCAUUCAUACAGAAAAGGCAAUCAUUUUGGAAACCUCAGUGGUCUGACGAUGAAUUCCUCUGUGCACGAAACGUAAAUAAUGAGAUUCAUUUUUUUGAAAAUUCCAACUUUGAAACCAUUGCAAAAAAAGUCUUUUUGCAAAAAGUUGCUUUCUUCAGUUUAGCUCCGGGUGAAUCUCCAUAUCAUGUUGCUUGUUUUGUGCCCGGAAUAAAGGGUCAACCUUCAUUUGUGAGAUUGUUCCAGUAUCCAAAUUUUGAAGGCCAAAAUUCAGUUAUUGCUCAAAAAAGUUUUUUCAAAGCAGAAAGAACAGACUUUUACUGGAAUAAAACAGGAAAGGAUUGUGUAUUCCUAGCUUCCAUUGAUGUUGAUAAAACAGGUGCGUCAUAUUAUGGAGAGGUUAACCUCUAUUAUGCUUCUGUUAGAGGCGAAACUGCCAGAGUUGCAACUGGAAAAGAAGGUCCUGUAUAUUCCAUCCAGUGGAGUCCAUAUGAAACUGAAUUUUGUGUGGUGUAUGGGUUAAUGCCAGCAAAAGCCACAAUUUAUAACCUGAAAUGUGAGCCAGUGUUUGAUUUUGGAUGUGGUUCAAGAAAUGAAGUUGCAUACUCUCCAGUUGGUGAUAGAUUAUCGCUCUCUGGCUUCGGAAAUCUUCAAGGAGAUAUUGAAGUCUGGGAUUUGAAGCAGAAGAAAUUGGUUUCUAAAUUUAAAGCCCGAGACACAACCUUGAUGGCUUGGAGCUAUGAUGGGGAAUAUAUACUAACAGCAACAACAUCUCCAAGAUUACGAAUUGGCAACGGCUAUAGAAUAUGGCAUUACACAGGAAGCUUAUUAGUUGAAAAACUCUUUAUGCCAAAUGAGGAGCUUUUUGACAUCAGGUGGAAACCUGUUCCUGAAGGUUAUUAUAAAGCAAAGCCUACAACAUACACCCCUGUACGAGGAAUACAAUCAAUAUGCCCUGCAACGUCCAAAGAGGUGUACAGACCUCCUUGUGCUCUGGGAAAGCCUUCAACUUUCAAACUUCACGAGGAUGAAUCACCUGCUUCUAAAACUGAUUCAAGUAAUGCUGCAAUCUCAAAGAAUAAAAAGAAAAAUUUGGCUCGUAAAGCAAAAAAGAAUGAAAAUAAUGCUGAAAUGCCAAAAGCUGUUGAAGAUCUCAAACCGCCUGUUUCUGAAGCUCCAGCCAAAAAUGACGUGUCUUCGAAAACAGAAUUAACAGGCGACCCAGAAAAGGAUAAAAAAAUUCGAUCUCUCUUAAAAAAACUGGAUCAGAUUGAGAAACUAAAGAAAGAUCAAGCAGCUGGGAAAAAACUAGAGCUUAAUCAGCUGGAAAAAAUUAAAAAAGCAGUUGAGUUAGAAGAAGAAUUAAGUGCACUUCAGCUAAACUGAUUUCAACUUAUUUUUACAAGCUCUGAUAAAGUCCUUUUGUAAAUAAAGUCUCGAAGAUUUU